AAGUAAAAACACAACUCUCAUUUGUAAAGUUAGUAAUCCAACUUACGUGAUUGUUUUAGGUUUCAUGUAAUUGAUUCUAACAAAAACCAUCACUAAAUUUACCAAUUGUUCAUUAGUCCCUAAAAUUAGGUUAUCAUAAUUGAAAAUCUAUAGGAGCAUUUUAGGGUUGCUAAAUUAUUUUUAAGAAAAAAUCAAUACCAAAAAUCCAAAAAAGGAGAGUGGAAACAAAAUCAAGCAACCAACUAUAAUCCAAACAUAGGUUAAAUGGAGGGUGAAAUCAAGUCAUUUCUUCGGGCAUGGUCAAUACUACUAUCAUCUUUAUGCUAUUGCUACUUUAUAGCUUUCAAGAUCCCAAAGGGAAAGUUAAGGUUUAUCUUUUUACUUCCAUGUUUCUUUCUAUUCACCAUUUUCCCCCUCUCUUUUUCCUCCGUAAUCCUUAAAGGAAUUAUUUCGUAUUUUAUCACAUACGUAGGAAACUUUAAACUACUCUUAUUUUCAUAUGACCUCGGCCCAUUGUCUGAUUGUCUACAUAAUCCUACCACUAAACUUGACAAACAGAAAGGCGAUCCACCCAUAAAAAUAACCUCUCUGAUUAGGUUUAUAUUGGUUGCUAUUUUUCCGAUGAAAAUCAAAGAUCCAAUUUCCAAAAAACAAAAAACCAAGAAAGUAAUACCCCUAACUAUAUGGCAUGAGGCCUUGCUUUUCUCAAUUCUCUCAACUUAUUAUUAUGCUUACAAAAGAAAACUACACUCAUGUGUUAUUUGGAUAAGUUAUUGUGGCAUAAUGUACUUAUUCCUUGAUGUAAUUGUGGUAAUAUGCAACAAGUUAGCAAAGGUCAUCUUAGACGUGGAGCUACAUCCGCCGUUCGAUGAGCCUUACUUGUCAACUUCACUCCAAGAUUUUUGGAGUCGAAGGUGGAAUCUCAUGGUAACAGAUGUACUACGACACACCAUAUAUGUACCCAUGAGGGUAUUUUUGUCCAAAGAUAAUGUACGUCAACAAAAGGUCUUGAUUCCUUCUGUUAUGACUGUUUUUCUAGUAUCUGGUCUAAUACACGAACUAAUCUUUUACUACUUAACAUUUGUGAACCCCACGUGGGAGGUCACGUGCUUUUUUGGGCUAAAUGGGAUUUUAGUUAUUUUGGAGAGCUAUUUGAAGAGGAAUUUGGGCCGUAAGUUAAGGUUGCAUUGGGCUUUAAGUGGCCCAUUAAGCCUUGGUCUAGUAAUGGGUACAGGAUAUCUAUUGUUCUUUCCACCAUUUUUAAGGAAUCAAGUUGAUGUAAGAAUUGCUGAGGAGGCUAAGGCAUUGUUUAAGUUUAUUGGAUCACAAUUAUUUUAAAUGAAAUCUUGUAAUAUUAUUUUUUUAAUUUCAUUAUUUAUUUACUCAAUGUAUGAUAAUUUAAUUUGGAUUAUGUCUUUGUUAGAUAUCAUAUUAUUUGUAAUUUGAUUGUU